AUGGACUCCUCGAAAGUCCUGUCGUUGGUCGACCAACUCGACGACGACAUUGAUGAUCUGGAAGAAGCCUUAGGGCCAUUGAUCAAGACUGCGCUCUCAGAAACCACCUCAAAACUGCCUCUACUUGACAAAGCAAAGCUCUAUGUCCUCGUCACCUAUGCGAUUGAGUCUAUUUUGUUCUGUGAGAUCUACCAAGAGGCAUUUGCGAUUCCAGUUUUCUAAUUCAUGUACAGCUUACCUGCGGGUAAAUGGCGUUAAUGCGCGAGAGCAUCCUGUCUUCAAGGAACUCACCAGAGUCAAGCAAUACUUUGACAAGAUCAAAAAUACCGGUCCACCUGCACCGAGAACGCAUACCCUCGAUAAAGCUGCUGCGGCAAGGUUCAUUAAUCCAGGUCUCGUAUGUUAAAUUCGUGGGUCCUCUUGAUCGUUACUAAUACUGACAUAGGCUGCCGCUGAAAGAGAGGCUCUGAAGCAAGCGGAAGCUAUGGCUAAGCAACGGGCACGCGCACAUAUCAAGUUCGAAGAGCUAAACAAGGAAAUUGCAGAAAGAGAAAAUUCGAAGAAGCGAAAGGGUGAUACUUCUGAUGAAGUUGAGGGAGACGACGAUUCAUCUUCUGAGGAAUCAUCCGAGGAGGUUGCAGCUACCAAAGAAACGCCCGUUGUAGCCAAGCCAUCAAAGGCUGCCAGAAAGAAGCGCAAGGUCAAUUCAAAGUCGCCUUCGAGCGGGUUGACAUCUGGCGCAUCAAGUUCAGCGGAGAAGAAAGGAAAGGGCAAGAAGAAAAACAAGAAGCCAAAAAAGGGAAAGGGAAAAGCAGCAUAAAGAUCAGUAGUAAGGUAUGAUUUGGGUCUAAUAAAUCGUUGAGGCCAAGCAGCGAGGAGCAUAAAAAGUUCGUAUUUGCAUAGCGUUGGCGUUUGGAAUCUGGGGCAUACCCACGUACGAGAUGUUCGAUACAAGAGUAAGCUUUUGAAAGAUUGCAGUUUGUUCUUUAAAUCAGCUACAGUAGUCUCAAAUCAAAUUACAAAAGAUGGUAGAAAUCA